GGCUCCGAGCAGUUUCCCUUUUAAAUGUCAGCGUUCGGGGCUGGAGGGGCAGCACGCGGCGGCGGAACGGAACGGUCGGAUUGGCCGCGCGCCGUAGUUCUAGACGCACCUCUCCACCGAAGGGCCCUUCUGACUGGCAGGGGGAGAAAGUAAACAGAGUUGAAUCACCCUCCCCACUGGCCAAUUGGAGGGGGCCUGGAUUGUGACGUGAUGGGAUUCUGCGAAAUUGUUACUGAGCUGGAGAAUGCCGGAGAGGCGCGGCGCGGCAGGACCAGGGGCUCAGCGGCCGUCGGCGGACGCGGGAAGAAGUGUCUCGUAGGCGCGGCGCCCCACUCAGCCCCGGCCCCCCUCGUCCGCGUACUCGGCUGAUGCCCCGGGGCGUCAGCUCGGCGGAGAGGCGGUCGAGGACGUGCGCCUGGCUCGCAGUUGGCUUUCUCUGGGACUCCGACACGUUUGCAGUUGAAUAAACUUGCGACCGCCACGUGUGGCAUCUCUCCAAGGAACCGGCUCAGGAGGAGGGCGCGCCCAUCGUGGGAUCGCGCGGGGCGCCGGGCAGGGCGGCGGCGACAGCGGCGGAGCCGGCCGCGGCUUCUGCGUGCGGAGGCGCUGCCGGUUACGUAAAGAUGAGGGGCUGAGGUCGCCUCGGCGCUCCCGCGAGUCGCAAGCUCCCGCGCCCCCGCCCCCUCGGCCGCGCCGCACCGCGCUCGUCGUCCGAGGCCAGGGCAGGGCUAGCCGAAGCUCCGCAGCCACCGUCAAGUUUGGCCGCACCGCCCGGGCUGCCGUCGCCCGCACCAUGUCCGCGGCCGCCUACAUGGACUUCGUGGCUGCCCAGUGUCUGGUUUCCAUCUCCAACCGCGCCGCCGUGCCGGAGCACGGGGGCGCUCCGGAAGCCGAGCGGCUGCGACUACCUGAGCGCGAGGUGACCAAGGAACACGGUGACCCGGGGGACACCUGGAAGGAUUAUUGCACGCUGGUCACUAUCGCCAAGAGCUUGUUGGACCUCAACAAAUACCGACCCAUCCAGACCCCCUCGGUGUGCAGCGACAGUCUGGAGAGUCCCGAUGAGGAUAUAGGAUCCGACAGCGACGUGACCACCGAAUCUGGGUCGAGUCCUUCCCACAGCCCGGAGGAGAGACAGGAUUCUGGCAGCGCGCCCAGCCCGCUCUCCCUCCUCCACUCUGGAGUGGCUUCGAAGGGGAAACACGCCUCCGAAAAGAGGCACAAGUGCCCGUACAGUGGCUGUGGGAAAGUCUAUGGAAAAUCUUCCCAUCUUAAAGCCCAUUACAGAGUGCAUACAGGUGAACGGCCCUUUCCCUGCACGUGGCCAGACUGCCUUAAAAAGUUCUCGCGCUCGGAUGAGCUGACCCGCCACUACCGGACCCACACUGGGGAGAAGCAGUUCCGUUGCCCGCUGUGUGAGAAGAGAUUCAUGAGGAGCGAUCAUCUCACCAAGCAUGCCCGGCGUCACACCGAGUUCCACCCCAGCAUGAUCAAGAGAUCAAAAAAGGCUCUUGCCAGCCCCUUGUGAGGUGCUCCCCACGGCAGCCAGGCAGAGAUGGGUCCCCGGAAGGACAGAGCUCCCAGGAAACAGACGGACACAUGGAAAUCUGCCACAGCAGAGGCGCGCUGGCCACAGGAGGUCACGGCUUCUUUGGCCAAUAUUCUGAUAUCUCCCUGCACUGUUUCCAAAAAGCACAUGGUAGCCUAAGAUCAAAGUCAAUAUUUGGUCCCCUUGCAGAGGCAACUCAGAACCGUCUCUGACUGUUGGAGGGCAGGCAAAUAAAUGCUUUUGGUAUUUUCUCCUUUGUUUUUGGGGGAGGGGGGAGGGGGAAAGGCCAAGACGAGGGGUAGGAUUCUGAAGAUUCAGGCUGGUGGUGUACAUACGUCUGACUGGGUGAGUUGACCCCUGGCCUCCCACAGUGACUCUGGAUCCUUGAUGCUUGCUGACUCUCAGAAUUGUGUUUUCUUCUCAUUUAAUGUAACGACCGGUGUGCUUCAGUUUGUUUAGCAGAACCACUCUCUUGAAUCACAUUAACUUUUGAGAUUAAAAAAAAAAAACAAAAAAACAAAAAAACAAAAAAAACCCCCAAACAAACCAACCCUCCAUAGCACAGCUGUCUUUUAUGCAAGCAAGAGCACACCUACUCCAGCAUGAUUUGUCAUCUAAAGACUUGAAAACAAAACAACAGCAACAACAAAAAGUUACUUAUAGUCAAUGGAUAAGCAGAGUCCGAAUUUACACUAAUCAAGACAGACCUUCGAGGGGGUCACGCUAAGUCCGGAACUUUUUCAAGCCUUGCUUCGUAUGAAUUGUACUAUCUGAACAUAAACUGCACUUUUAUUUUCUAAUACCGAGGGUGAAUACGGUAAAUACAUGCUUUGAGGGUAGAAGCCGACGUUCUGUUUGGCACCACGUUAUAAUCUGCUUAUUUUAACAGUAUACACAUUUCCCUGAGAACCUAUGGCAAAGAUGGGAGGGCAGAACGUAUGAAACACAUGCUGACGAGGGGGAGGAGGAGGGGAGUGCUUUUAAAGAUAACAAAAAAUGAGCAAACAAUUUUAACUUCAUGAA